ACUAUGGAGAGAAUGCAUGACCCGCCCUUCUCGGCCUCUGAUUGGCUAGUACUUGUUGCGCUCGUUGAUUUGAUUGGUCAGGGUUUAGGCUCAGCCAAUCAGAGGCAGAGGAGGGCGGGACAUAGUAGGAAAAUAUCCCCAACCGAGCAGGCAGGAUGGAGAACAAGCAAAAUGCAGAGGUCAUAGUAUCAGAUCUCCACAAGAAGAUUAAAGCAGCUUUUGAGGCGUUUGACUACGAGUCCAACAGCACAGUGGAUGUCAGGGAGAUUGGCACCAUCAUCUACUCCCUGGGUUGCUUCCCCACUCAGGCAGACAUACAUGACUUAAUAGCUGAGAUUGGAGAGGACCACACAGGAUGCAUCCAUCUGGACAAGUUCCUCCCAGCCAUGACCAGAGUGAUGCUGGAGCACAAGUUCCCUCCCAUCACAGAGGACCUUCUGCUUCAGGCCUUUGAGGUCCUGGACAAAGAAAAGAAAGGGUACCUGGAGCCUGAGGAGCUGACAAAGUACAUGACACAGGAAGGUGAGCUGUUCAAUCAGGAGGAGAUGGAGGAGAUGCUGACGGCGCUCGCUGACCCUGACAAGAACCUCAUCUAUUAUAAAGACUUAAUCAGCCAGCUGACCAUCGACUCUAACAUUUAGAUAAUUUCCGUGUGUGUGUGUGUCUGAAUAACUGUUAGAAACACACAAGUCUGUGUGUGUGUUUGGUGUUUGUGUUCAUGCCUGCAUGCUCUUAAUGCGGGCUAGUAGUUCAGAUAUGGUGUAAUAAAUAAAUGUACAUACAGUA